UGCACAGGCUUCAUCUCCAGACAUUUGGUCCAAAGGUUAGGUCUAAAAACCGCGAAGCUGCUGUCUGCGUGGUCUGGUGCUGAAGCAUACCGUCCGACUGCCAGGACCUCUGCCAAAUCCAGAGACAUGGCGACGAACGGCACCAAAACGGAUGGACAAGUCACAGAACUGAACGAGGUGGCCACUAAUAAUGACAAGCCCAAGUCACUGGACGUGAAAGCCGAGAAAAAGAAAAAGGAUUUGCCUGACAGAGAAACAUGGGGAGGGAGAUUUGAUUUUCUCCUGUCGUGUGUGGGUUAUGCAAUUGGACUGGGAAACGUAUGGAGAUUUCCCUAUCUCUGUGGAAAAAACGGUGGAGGAGCCUUCUUGAUUCCCUAUUUUUUGACCCUCAUAUUUGCUGGGGUCCCCUUGUUUCUACUGGAAUGCUCCCUUGGCCAAUACACCUCAAUUGGAGGGCUUGGUGUGUGGAAACUGGCGCCUAUGUUUAAAGGUGUGGGCCUUGCAGCAGCUGUCCUGUCCUUCUGGCUUAACAUUUACUACAUUGUAAUCAUUUCUUGGGCCAUUUACUACCUGUACAACUCCUUCACCACUGAUCUUCCAUGGAGCACAUGUAACAAUCCAUGGAACACAGAGAAAUGUUAUACAAACCACUCCAUUGCUGAUACCACCAACCUCACCAGUUCAGUGUUGGAGUUUUGGGAGCGUAACAUGCAUGAAAUGACCGAUGGCUUGGAAAAACCAGGCCAGAUUCGAGUGCCACUGGCAAUAACGCUGGCCAUCGCCUGGGUCCUUGUGUACUUCUGUAUCUGGAAAGGGGUUGGCUGGACAGGGAAGGUCGUUUACUUCUCAGCUACGUAUCCCUACUUCAUGCUGUUUAUUCUCUUCAUCCGUGGCGUGACUCUACCUGGAGCUAGAGAGGGAAUUCUGUUCUAUAUCACCCCGGACUUUGCAAAACUCAAAGAAUCGGAGGUAUGGCUUGAUGCAGCUACCCAGAUCUUUUUUUCCUAUGGAUUGGGAUUGGGCUCACUUAUAGCUCUGGGCAGCUAUAACCCUUUCAAUAACAAUGUUUACAGAGACUCCAUCAUUGUGUGCUGCAUCAACUCAUGUACCAGCAUGUUUGCUGGCUUUGUAAUCUUCUCUAUUGUUGGCUUCAUGUCACAUGUGACAAAGAGACCCAUUGCCGAUGUAGCAGCUUCAGGUCCUGGCUUAGCUUUUCUGGCCUACCCGCAGGCUGUAACUGAGUUGCCUGUGUCUCCUCUCUGGGCCAUUCUGUUCUUCUCCAUGCUGCUCAUGCUGGGGAUAGACAGCCAGUUCUGCACUGUUGAAGGCUUCAUCACUGCUCUGGUGGAUGAGUUUCCCAGAGCUCUUCGGGGUAGACGAGAGAUCUUCAUCGCGUGUGUCUGUCUGGUGUCCUAUUUGAUCGGACUUUCAAACAUCACACAGGGCGGAAUCUAUGUGUUCAAACUGUUUGACUACUACUCCGCCAGUGGAAUGUGUCUGCUGUUCUUGGUCUUCUUUGAAUGCAUCUCCAUAUCCUGGUGCUACGGUGUGAACAAGUUCUACGACAACAUCCAGGAGAUGAUUGGCUACAGGCCUUGUAUAUGGUGGAAGAUGUGCUGGCUCGUGUUCACCCCUCUCAUCGUCGGCGGGGUGUUCUUGUUCAGCGCCAUACAAAUGGUUCCUCUCAAAAUGGGAGACUAUGUGUUCCCAGGCUGGGGUCAGGGAGUGGGCUGGCUCAUGGCGCUGUCCUCCAUGGUUCUCAUACCAGGAUACAUGAUCUAUAUGUAUCUCGGACUUAAGGGCACUUACAAAGAGCGACUUCGGAUAAUGCUUCAGCCUCCGGCAGUUGUCAGGCGACCUCUGGAGAAUGGACCUGAGCAGCAGGUGGAAACCAACACCGCUAACUUACCCAGCCCUACCAAUCCAGCCAGUCCAGCUAGUCCUGCCAACCCAGCUCCCGUAAACCCUGCCAGCCCCACCAAUCCAGCUCCUGUCAACUCAACCAGCCCCGUGACCCCUGCUAACCCAGCUCCUCCGCCAGCUAAUCCAGCCCCCGCCGCCAGCCCAGUGAACCCAGCAACUAGUCCCACCACCAUCACCAUCACCACCACUACCACCACCACAGCCAGUCCGGCUAACCCACCCACCACAACUGUUAGCCCGACCAGCCCACCACCCAACCCAGCUAGCCCAACGGAGCACGUUAACCCCCCGAACCCAACAAGCCCCACCUCUAACCUGACCAAUGCCGAGGCCAACGUGUAGUCAACAAAGAAACCCUCAUGGAGCAUGUAGACAAAAGAGAACACUACAAAGGACUUCCAAGAUUUUAAUUGAUUCACCUACCUCCAGGGGCAAUAUGUGAUCAAAACAGAUUUUCAAACCAUGUUUAAUUUUUCUGCAUUUGUAAAACCAAGCCAAUGAUGUCUUAUUGUUGGUUUGCAUUCUGAAAACAAUAUCAAAGACUGUUAGUGUUCAUAAAUACAACCAUAAAUCUGAAUAAAAAAAAAAAAAAAUGUAAACAUACUGUGUAAUACUGUGAGAAAAGAAAAAACAUAUAGAUUAGAGAUUUGUUGAAUAUCUUCAUGAAUCAAGUAAAUACCGUGUGAAUAUAGUAGAUAAAGUAGUGAACAAAAUUGACAUCAUUGAAGAGUGCAAGGGAUGGCGUCAAUUUUAUUGUGGAUGUUUACUAAACCUCACACAGUUGUCUCUUUUCCAAACGUUACUCUGUGAGGUAAACUACAGGCCACAAGGCGAGCGGGGAGCUCUGAGUAAGCACAAUGCCAAUAAGAAGUUCAUGUUUAGGAGCUCUGUUGCAAAAGAUUUUGUGUGUGAGAGAGACUGUUAUUUUUCCUUCCUUUUUUUCAGUAAAAAAAAGGGAAAACUUU